AUGUGCAUUGAACGUUUUCAGACUAAUUACCGCAUUGUUUCGAACAUAAUUACUACUUAUCCUAUUAUUUAUUUAUUGUGCCAUAUCAUCGCUAUACUACCAACCACACAAGCCAUACCCGUUCGUCGUAAACCACAUCUGGCUCAGCGGCUAAUUUUACACUCGAACGUCUAUCGUGAGCGUCUAUCAUCCAAAUUUGCUACAGAACAGCGGCAACAUCAACAGCAUCAGCAACAAGUAUUACCGAAAUCCAUCAGUAUCAUCACCAGCAACAACAGCAGCAACGCAUCACAAAACCCAACAUCGUUAUUCGUCACAACAUUCCAACAAGUCCAAAGACCCUCAUCGUAUUUAGCGCCCAUACUGAGAAAAGUCCAUCGUCAUCAGUUGCAACAUCAUCACUUGCAUCAACGUGCUGCCCCCAUUGCCAGCCGAUCGGCCCCAUACAAAAUGAGUAAUUGUAGAAUGAUGGACACCUUCCACAUUUUGCCCGUGUGUUCCAAAUAUUUGCAAACGCGUGAAAACAAAACAUUGGAUGAAAUGAACGAUACAUGGAGAUUACUCAAUUUGGAAAUUCGAAACCCCAGACGCCAGCAAGUGACGCUUGACAAUGAGCUCCAUCAGAAAAUGCAUGACUUCUAUUUGAAUCUACACAAUUUCCAACAACUGGCCGAGUUGGUUGAUCGGGACACCAACGAUAGCAAGGUCAGCAUUGAACAUGGCGAAGGGAUUCGCGUGGGUGUUAUAUUGGAGGCUUUCCAACAUCUGAAAACCGAAAUCACACGUAAUAUGCAGGAGACGGAAGGUGUUUUGAAAGCUUUGGCCAUUGACAAGCCCAACUUGGAGGAUAAUGUUGUCGAAUUCAAUACCACGCAUGCGCGGAGAUUACGUGACUUUCUCAUUAUCAAGGAAUUCAUUGAGGAUGUGGAAAGAGUUAAAGAUUUCCUGGAACAAUUCUGUAACAAAGAUAGCAACGGUUUUAGCAGUGGCGAUGAUGAGUAAAAACGGUGGCCAAAGUAGAAAUGUUGAACAUUUAUAUAUUUGUCCAAGAGAAAAAAAAACACACAAACACACAUAUUUGUGUGGUGAAAAUGCCAUGCCUGUAGAAGGAUAAAUACAUACAUACAUAAACAUAAAUUAAAUAGUUACAAAAACAAAACUACACACUCACACACCCCCAUUAGUCUUAAGUAUGUUUGAUGUUCAAUUAAAAUUAUCUGAUGACCGUAGCCAG